CGGAGCCAGUGCGGCCUCGGGGCGAUCGGCCGCGGCGGCGAUGGGCGAGGGCGGGUUGCCCCCGGCCUUGCAGCUGCUGCUGCGCGCCUGCGACCAGGGCGACACCGACACAGCGCGGCGGCUGCUGGAGCCGGGCGCAGCGGAGCCGGCCGAGCGCGGCGCGGAGCCCGAGGCGGGCGCGGAGCCCGGGGCUCCAGAGUCGGCCGGUCCCGGGGCAGCGGCGGCCGGAGCGCCGGUGCCUGUGGACGCCUCGGACGAGGCGGGCAACACCGCGCUGCAGUUCGCCGCGGCCGGGGGCCACGAGCCGCUGGUGCGCUUCCUGCUGCGCCGCGGCGCCUCGGUGAACAGCCGCAACCACUACGGCUGGAGCGCGCUGAUGCAGGCGGCCAGGUUUGGGCAUGUGAGCGUGGCACACCUCCUCCUGGACCAUGGGGCUGAUGUCAAUGCUCACAACCGGCUGGGGGCCAGUGUGCUCACUGUGGCCUCUCGGGGUGGCCACCUGGGUGUGGUAAAGCUGCUCCUGGAAGCCGGUGCCUUUGUGGACCAUCACAGCCCCUCCGGCAAGCAGCCAGGGCUGGGAGGCAGCAGAGAUGAGCUGCUGGACAUCACAGCCCUGAUGGCCGCCGUCCAGCAUGGACAUGAGGCUGUGGUGCGGCUGCUGCUGGAGUGGGGUGCUGACCCCAACUACGCAGCCCGGACAGUGGGCUGGAGCCCCCUGAUGUUGGCAGCGCUGGCUGGGAGGCUCGGCGUGGCCCAACAGCUGGCAGAGAAGGGAGCCAACCCUGACCACCUCAGUGUUCUGGAGAAGACAGCCUUCGAGGUGGCCCUGGACCGCAGGCACAGGGACCUUGCAGACUACCUGGACCCGCUGACCACUGUCAGGCCCAGAACAGAUGAGGAGAAAAGGCGCCCAGAUAUUUUCCAUGCACUGAAAAUAGGAGACUUCCAGCUGGUCAAAGAGAUCACGGAUGAAGACCCCAGCCACGUGAACCUGGUCAAUGGGGAUGGGGCGACGCCGCUGAUGCUGGCAGCUGUCACGGGGCAGCUACCACUGGUGCAGCUGCUGGUGGAGAGGCACGCUGACAUGGACAAGCAGGACAGCGUGCACGGCUGGACAGCCCUCAUGCAGGCCACCUACCAUGGGAAUAAGGAAAUUGUCAAGUUUCUGCUAAACCAAGGGGCUGACGUCACUCUUCGUGCGAAAAACGGGUACACAGCCUUUGAUCUAGUGAUGCUGCUGAACGAUCCUGACACGGAACUAGUCCGGCUGCUGGCGUCUGUCUGCAUGCAGGUGAAUAAGGACAGGGGUCGGCCGAGCCACCCGCCGCCCCUGCCCCACUCGAAGGUCAGAGAGCCAUGGAGCAUCCCAGUGCUGCCCGAUGACAAGGGCGGCCUGAAGUCCUGGUGGAACCGGAUGUCCAAUCGGUUCCGCAAGCUCAAACUGAUGCAGACACUGCCCCGAGGACUGUCCAGCAAUCAGCCCUUACCUUUCGCCGACGAGCCUGAGCCAGCACUGGACUCUACAAUGAGGGCCACCCCCCAGGACAAGCCAGGCUUCCCUGGGCUCCCAAGCGUGGCCUUCAUGAUCAAAGACAAUGGUCCUGGGAGCACGAGAGGAGAAAAGGAAGAUGCCUUAUUGACAACCAUGGGUAAAUAUCUAGAAGAGGAACUCUUGGGCAAAGGUUAUGAAUGUCAUUGCUUUCCAGAAAGGUGGCAUCUCAGGCUCGUGACCCAGAGGCUGAAGUGCCCAUCAGAGCUUCGAAAUGGAGCCCCCUUUACCCGGCUCCCGAGUGACAAGCUGAAGGCAGUCAUCCCCCCUUUCCUACCCCCCUCCAGCUUUGAGCUGUGGAGCUCUGAUCGGUCCAGGACCUGUCAGGAUGGGAAGGCGGAACCCAUGAAGACCGUGCUGCCCCAGAGAGCCAGCAGGGGCCACCCUGUGGGUAGCGGGGGCACAGACACUGCCCCGGUCAGGCCGGUGAAAUUUCCCAGUCUGUCCCGAAGCCCAGCCUCUCCCGCCAAUUCUGGAAACUUCAACCACUCGCCUCAUUCUUCGGGCAGCUCCAGUGCAAUAGGAGGUGUGAGCAGACCUGGAGCAGAGCUUCACAACCGCUCAGGUGGCAGCGUAGACAGUGUCUUGUCCCAGAUCGCUGCCCAGAGGAAGAAAGCAGCAGGAUUAUCUGAACAGAAGCCCAGCCAGCGGUCAAGUCCCGUGGGCCCUGCACCGGGGUCCAGCCCAACUGAGCUCCCGGUCUCCCCUGCAGGCAGUGGCACUCCCAGCAAUAAGCAGAAACUGGAGACCAGCAAACGGCCUCCAUCUGGAGCUUCCACUACCUCCAAAAGCACGUCUCCUACCCUCACACCCUCCCCUUCCCCCAAGGGCCACACCGCCGAGUCCUCUCUGUCCUCCUCCUCAUCGCACCGGCAGUCCAAGAGCAGCGGGGGCUCCAGCAGCGGCACCAUCACAGAUGAGGAUGAGCUGACCGGAAUCCUUAAGAAAUUAUCACUUGAAAAAUACCAGCCCAUUUUUGAGGAACAAGAGGUGGACAUGGAAGCCUUCCUCACACUCACUGACGGCGACCUGCAGGAGCUGGGCAUCAAGACAGAUGGGUCCCGGCAGCAGAUCCUGGCGGCCAUCUCUGAACUGAACGCAGGCAAGGGACGCGAGAGACAGAUUUUACAGGAAACCAUUCACAACUUCCACUCGUCCUUCGAGAGCAGUGCCAGCAAUACCAGGGCCCCUGGCAAUAGUCCCUGUACGUGAUCCUCCUUGCUGGGGCCAUCAGCCCAUGGCUGAUUGGGUGAGGCCAGAAGCAGCAGCCCCCAGCGAAAGGUAGCAGCAGUUUGGAUGACUCCGCCUGCAUCCAGGUCACAAGGAAGCCAGGCGUGGCCCAUGGGUUCCUGUCCUCAGCUGUUCCUGACCUUGGGUAUUUGUGUCACUGGGAUUCACACCAAGGUGGACAGAAAGAAAGAACGCUGUCUGAUCAAAUCACAGAGUCUGAUCCAGCCAUGGGGCAGAGGGGAGCCCCUCUCAUUUACUUCUUCCUUGGAGCUACCUGAAGACAUCACACAGGCCAGCAGCUAAAGGCCGCGGACAUCUCCUUUGAGCUGUCCACCCAAGCCAAGUGCCACAUGCAGCGCCUAGGAUCUUUCCUGCGGCCCAGAAGAAGGUGACAUCUGCAGACGGUGACGUGGAGAGAUGAAGCAUCCUCUGUGACUGUCCUUGUUCAUUUCGAGCAAGUUAAUUAUGACUUUUUAACCGAUGGGUCCUGUUCAGUGUGGAAAGAGAUUUGGUGUUUUCUCUAAUAAAGCCACUGCCAAAUCCA